AUGACCACCUCACAGCCUCGCUGGCAAUAUCACCUUGCUCGAGAGCGCAACUAUAAAGAGCCCGCCCAAUUACACCUUGGACGGUCUCAACAUUAUUCCAAUCUCAAUCAUGGCAACCUAUCGCGUCUUCCACGUCUACUAUCACGGCAAGCCCGACCACGAAGCCAUCUUCGUCGAGAGACCCAUGAGAACGGCACCGACUCCGGCCAUCUCUAUCACGUCACCGGCAACAUCCUGAUGGGCAUGACAUACGAACACAAGCGGGCAAGGCGCCCCGAGGACUCGGCCGAGUCUCACGAGAAGCGAUACAUUGGCCGUGUGAAGCAGUCCGACUAUGUGCGAGUCGAAUCAAUCUGCCGGGGAAUCGCAGUCCCCGGCCGGCAGUUGGAUCUCAAGGGCAGGAGGCUCGACCCCACCAGACCAGUGAGGAGGUGUGGAGAAUGGACCGCGGACGCAAUCCAAGACUUGAGAAAUCAAGGCGUGUUGACCGCUUAG